AUGAGCUUCCCGAACCCAUUGGCACUGCCGCUCCCUGUCCAUGUCCAACCUGCUGUGCCGCCGACUGCAGCCGAACAAAACCACCCUGCUUUACCCGACACCACCGAAAAUGAACAUGGAUCUUACCUUGCGGAUCCGGAAACGGUGCCCCUCCACCCUGCGCCAGUUUUCACUCCCACGCAAGCCCUAGGAGAUCAAGUAGCUUGUCUGGUCCCGAACUGUGAGGUGCUCUCUGACGGGCUUGAGAAUUGGUGGCUGCACACACAUCAUGCGCAUCGUAACGAGCUUCAGAAAAUCCACUGCUUCCGGUGCCAUCAAAAGUUCAGCCAAGUGGGCAGCCUCCGUCAGCACUUGCAGCAGCACCUCCCGUGGCGGGCCUGCCUCAUCUGUAACCGUGAUUUUCUGUCGCCGGCUCGACUUGACGCACACCUGAACGCGCAUCGAAACAACGGCGAGCUCAACACAUUUACACACGGCUGCUUCAAUGUAAACUGCGGCCUCUUGUUCAAAACCAGGCAGGAGCGCGUUGCACACAUGGACAAACGGCACCCCAGAAAAAGCGCACCAAUAUCCCAAAAAACACAGGCAAACCGAGCUGCUGGCAGUAGUCAAAGCGGACCCCACAAAUGCAAGCACCCAAACUGCUCUUCGAGCCACACCAGCAACAGCCAACUGUCCCGCCACCUUGACACCCACAAGCAAGGGGGCCGCUUUCAUUGCCCGUCAUGCGCCAAGGUCUUCAAGCGCGUUGAGGCGCUCGCGCGUCACUUCAAGAAAGCGCAUCAGAGACGCUGCCCCGCCAAUCGACCCAAC